CCCGCUCUGUUGCUCUCCAGCCCGCGGUGAUAAUAAGAUCCCAGGACACAAAAUGGCGCACAGCUGUCGGUGGCGCUUCCCCGCCCGGCCCGGGACUGGCCGCAGACUGGGAGCCCGGCACAGGGUGGCGGCGGUGGUCAGGGAGGAGGGGAUCGCAUUGGGAACGGACGGAAGUCCUGACGCUGCGCACGAAACCGCUGUGGCCCCUGGGGGCCCCGGAGAUUGUAUGGGGGUUGGACCCGGAUUUGAUGCGGCGCUGCAAGUGUCGGUGACCAUUGGGAGCAACCUGAGACGGUUCAGGGACGUGUCCGGAGGGAGCAGCGGAGAGGAGGACCAUUUUCUAGGAUUUAGCCCAGAUGAAGAUGUUAAAACACGCAGCCCUACAAAAUUCCCCACAGAACAGUCAACCCCAAGAAAACCUCGUGGAAGGCCACGUUGCAGUUUGUCCAGGAACUCUGAUGUUUCUUCCAAGCCAGCUGAAAAUCAUAGUCCUGCCACUAGCAAGCAAGAACUUCGACCUACAAAUAAAACAAAGAAGCCAGAGAAUACACCAGAAGAGAAAAGACGAGGAAGACCCCCUGCACAUGGAAAUGUUAAAUUAAAAUCUUCACAAGAAGACCAUAAUGAAUCAGAAUCCACAAAAUCUGCUCGUGAAGAGAAAACAAAACCGAGAAAGCCCUCUGCUGCUUUUAAACAUGCUGCCAAAAUAAAGAAACUCCGAGCAGUCAAACUCUCUCCACUAAAGCCCAAAUUCAAAAGUGAUAAACUUGAGCUUGGAAGAAAAAGUGUUGUAAAAAUUGUUAGGGGACGUGGCAGGCCCCCAUCCUCUGAUAGGUUUAAACCAGCACAACCUAGGAUUCUUUUGAGACAGACUCAACCAGAGAAGCCCCAGAGAACCCGCAAAGAGGAACCCCUCCAAACCUCAAAAGAAGUUGUCAGGGUCUCUGUGCGCCAAAGUCCUCGAAGACUUAAGCCUGUAAGGAUAAUCCCUGCAUCCAAGAGAACUGAUACCACCAUUGCAAAGCAGCUUUUGCAAAAAGCUAAAAUGGGCGCGCAGAAGAAGAUGGGACUUGAAGCGGCAAAACUUCAAGGACGUAAGGGAGGUACCCAGCUUAAGAAUAUACGACAGUUUAUCAUGCCCGUGGUGAGUACAGUGUCUUCUCGCAUCAUAAAAACACCUCGAAGGUUUAUAGAAGACGAGGACUAUGAACCUCCUAUCAAGAUAGCUAGGAUGGAAACUGCUCCAAGUGGACGUUUUAGUUUAACAUCUUGUGAAUCUAGUGAAAAGUCAAGUGCAGUUUCACAGCAAUCUUCACAGGUUACUUCUGAUGAAUCUCGCUCUAGCAGCCCUAGCAUAGACACUUCAACAGAAUCGCAGGUUUCAGAGGAGACGACUGCUAUAGCAGAAACUCCUGGACGAGUCACAGAUAUUCCUUUGUCUGCCCCUCAGUCAGUCCUAGAAAGCAGUGGUGUUAGCACAAGAAAAAGACGUAUUCCCAAUUGCAAUAGAAAUAUCAAUUCCAGGCAAGCAAAGAAAAUUUCUCAGCCAGUUCUUCAGCAGUCCUCUGCAUCUCCACCUCCUCCAUUGCUCAGUCCUUCAGCACCUUUGCAGGCUCCAGCAGCCCACUCUGAACAUUCUUCAUGGCUUAUGCCUCCUGCUAUUCCAACUUUCCUUUCUGGCUCACGUAUACAUGAAAAACGAAGGUCCAUAUUAAGGGAACCAACUUUCCGUUGGACAUCUCUAAAGCAUUCCAGGCUAGAGUCUCAGUACUUUUCCUCUGCUAAAUAUGCCAAAGAAGGCCUAAUCAGGAAACCCAUAUUUGAUAAUUUUAGACCUCCACCACUGACUCCAGAAGAUGUAGGUAUGGCUUCUGCUUCUGGGUUCAAUACAGCCUCUGUUGUAGCUCCUGGAAGACUAUUUUCUGCACUUCAUUCUUCUGGGGCUCGAUUUGAUUUACAUAAAAGAAGCCCUCUGCUCCGUGCACCAAGGUUUACCCCCAGUGAAGCACAUUCACGCAUAUUUGAGUCCGUCACUCUACCAUCAUCUAUUGAUUCCUCUGGAACAUCCUCCAUUAUAGGUAUAUCUUCUAGAAGAAGGAGAAGAAAAGUCUUUAGUCCAGUGCGUGGCUCUGAUACAAGAUCGCCAUCCCACUCUAUGAGGACAAGGAGUAGAAGAGAAAAUGGCAAUACUGCUGCAUCCCUCAUACCUCAGUCAUCCAGUUCACUUGCGGGGUUAUCUGUCAGUUCCCGGACCACCAGUGCCUUAAGUCCCAGCUUUUCUUUCUCUUCCACUUCAAUUUCUGCAGCACCUGCGGAGUCUGCAGAGAAAUUUCCGAAAACAAGAAGGCAAGCCAGCACUUCAGGGGAGCCUUUCUCAUCCUCUUCCAACGGUAGUUCUUCCCUUUUUCCAUGGUUUAUAUCUGGCUCCCAGUCAGAUAGAAUAAAAAAUAAGAACAGAGUAUCAGAUGAUGCAUCAAAAGAAAGAGACAUUGAAAAAUGCAGGGAAAAGGAAAGAGAGAAGGAAAACUCCCAUGACUCAAGAAAAGAUAGACGCAAGAAGAGCUCAGGCGCUUUAAACAAAAGUGGCAAGGAAAAGGUUGAUGGAGAUGCACUUACUGCUUCUACACCAAUAAAAAUGUUAUCAAAGAAGAAACAAGUAAUCACAGAGCCCUCAGUAACCACUACGCCACCACCCCUUGCUGCAGCCUCCAUGUCGGUCAAGAACAAGUUAUCAAAAAAAACUUGUGGCAUUUCUGACAAACAAGAUAAUGAUUCUAGUGCCAAAUCUCCACCUACAAACAUCCAGAUACCCUUGCCUGAUCAGCCUGCAAGUCCUGUUAAGUCCACUACCACCUCUACCACCACCAUCAGCUCUGUAUUAGACCAAGCAAACAAAAUUCUUGUGUCAGAGAAGCAUAUGGCCACUAUAAUAAGAACCGCUAAAUAUCAAUUGCAGAGUAUAGAAAAAAGCAAGUUGCGAAAGCAGACUGAACAGCCCAAAGCACAGCACCAGGAAAGUGAUUCUUCUGAGACAGUGCGUGGACCCAGAAUCAAACAUGUCUGCCGAAGAGCUGCUGUGGCUUUGGGCCGCAAGAGAGCGGUGUUUCCCGAUGACAUGCCUACGCUGAGUGCCUUACCCUGGGAAGAAAGAGAGAAGGUUCUGUCUUCCAUGGGGAAUGAUGACAAAUCCUCUAUUGCCGGUUCAGAGGAGGCCGAUUCCCCUGCGCCACCCAUUAAACCAAUCAAACAAGUCACCCGCAACAAGACUCCACAGGAACCCCCUGUAAAGAAAGGCCGACGAUCUCGCAGAUGUGGACAAUGUUCAGGUUGCCAGGUACCUGAAGACUGUGGCAUCUGUACAAACUGCCUGGAUAAGCCAAAAUUUGGGGGACGCAACAUCAAAAAACAGUGCUGCAAGAUGAGAAAAUGUCAAAACUUGCAGUGGAUGCCCUCUAAAGCUUUUAUGCAGAAGCAAGCAAAGGCAGCGAGGAAGAAAGAUAAGAAAUCCAAGUUGGCAGAUAAACAGGAGGCUACAGCAGUGAAACCUUCAACAGAACUUAGUCCAAAAAACGCUGUGAAAUCCACUGCUGCCACGCCUCCAAGAGAGGAUCCUCCCCACACACCACCCCCAGCACCAAAAAAAGCCGAUCCCCCAAAGUGCACUGCUGAGAAAAUGCCAGAGGAGGAGAGUCUGCCAACACCUUCCUGUGAAAUUAAGCAACCCCUUUCUGCCCAGAAAUCCACAAAACAGCUUCCACCACAGCCUGCAAGCAAUCCAACCUCAGCCCAUAGCAGCCCUACUCCCAUCUCUCGGAAGGAAGCACCGAAAUCCUCAACAUGUGAGACAAAGAAGAAGCAACUUUCUGUCCCUCCAGAGACUGGCUCAGAGCCAAACAAACAGAAGAAACUCGCUGGUAGACUGGCGGUCUUGCCAAGAUCAAAAUCAAAGGAAAAGGAGAAGCCAAUGGCUCCCAGCAAGCCUGAGGUUAAUUUCAGCCCUCUGAGUUCUCUGUGCAAUGGCAGCGUCUCCAGACAGAAACCUUUAUCUGAUGGAAUACAUCGAAUUCGAGUGGAUUUCAAGGGCGAUUGUGAUUUAGGUAGUGCCUGGGAGAUGGGUGGCCUCAGCAUACUCACAACUGUACCGAUAACCCCACGUGUCGUUUGCUUUCUGUGUGCCAGCAGUGGAAAUGUUGAGUUUGUGUUCUGCCAAGUUUGUUGUGAGCCAUUUCACCAGUUCUGCUUGGAGGAGAGAGAACGACCUACAGAGGAUCAGCUGGAGAACUGGUGUUGCCGGCAAUGCAAGUUUUGCCAUGUAUGUGGUAGACAGCAGCAAGUUAACAAGCCACUCCUUGAGUGUAAUAAGUGCCGCAACAGCUAUCACCCAGAGUGCCUGGGACCAAACUAUCCUACAAAACCAACAAAAAAGAAGAGAGUCUGGAUCUGCACUAAAUGUGUGCGAUGUAAGAGUUGUGGGUCCACCACACCUGGUAAUGGCUGGGAUGCACAGUGGUCACAUGACUUUUCACUGUGCCAUGACUGUGCCAAACUAUUUGCUAAAGGCAACUUCUGUCCUCUGUGUAACAAGUGCUAUGAUGAUGAUGAUUAUGAGAGUAAAAUGAUGCAGUGUGGAAAGUGUGAUCGCUGGGUACAUUCCAAAUGUGAAAAUCUGACAGAUGAGAUGUAUGAAAUCCUUUCAAACUUGCCAGAAAGUGUGGCCUAUACGUGUGUAAACUGCACUGAACAUCACCCUGCAGAAUGGAGGCUAGCACUGACAAACGAGUUACAGGCCUCCCUCAGAUAUGUCCUAAACACAUUGCUGAAUUCUCGAACUGCAAGUCAUCUCCUGCGCUACAAACAGGCAGCAAAGCCACCUGACUUAAAUCCGGAAACGGAAGAAAAUAUGCCUUCAAGGAACUCUCCCAAAGGUCCUGAUCCCCCUGUUCUUAUCCAAGUUGGAAAGCAAGAUGACCAACCACCCUGUGAUCUGGAGGGAGUGAAGAGGAAGAUGGACCAAGGCAGGUACACUUCUGUGCUGGAACUGAGUGAUGACAUUGUCAGAAUUGUCCAGGCUGCUAUGAAUGCAGAUGGGGGCCAGCCAGAGCUUAAGAAGGCAAACAGUGUUGUGAGAUCCUUUUUUACAAAGCAAAUGGAGCGUGUUUUCCCUUGGUUUAACGUAAAGAAAUCUCGCUUUUGGGAGCCAAAUAAGGUUAACAGCAAUAACAGCAUGUUACCCAAUGCAGUCCUACCGCCAUCUCUGGAUCAUAACUAUGCUCAGUGGCAAGAAAGGGAGAACAGUCUGGCUGUGCAACCGCCUCUAAUGAAAAAAAUCAUUCCAGCCCCUAAACCCAGAUCUCCUGAAGACCCAGCAUCACCACAGCCUACACACUCACCAGUCCAAGCUACAAUAGACCAAGGUAGAGAAGAUAGCCCAGAAUUGUUACCACCACCCGGGGUAGAAGAUAAUCGCCAGUGCGCCCUGUGUUUAAAGUUUGGAGAUGACCAUGCUAAUGAUGCUGGACGCCUGCUUUACAUUGGACAAGAUGAGUGGACACAUGUUAACUGUGCUUUGUGGUCAGCAGAAGUUUUUGAAGAGGAUGAUGGCUCUCUUAAAAAUGUGCACAUGGCAGUUAUCAGAGGGAAGCAGCUGAGAUGUGAGAAUUGUCUGAAGUUGGGUGCUACUGUUGGCUGCUGCCUGUCUUCAUGCACAAGUAACUACCACUUCAUGUGCUCAAGACUUAAGAAUUGUGUGUUUCUUGAGGAUAAGAAGGUAUACUGUCAAAGACACCGGGACCUAGUUAAAGGGGAGAUUGUGUCCGACAACAGUUUUGAGGUUCUCAGAAGAGUUUUUGUUGACUUUGAAGGAAUUAAUCUGCGUAGAAAGUUUCUGAGUGGUUUAGAGUCAGAAAACAUACAUAUGAUGAUUGGUUCUAUGACAGUAGACUGCCUUGGAAUGCUAAGUGACUUAUCGGAUUGCGAAGAGAAGCUCUUUCCAAUCGGAUAUCAGUGUUCGCGAGUAUAUUGGAGUACAAACGAUGCACGAAAGCGCUGUGUGUAUACCUGCAAGAUUCUGGAGUGUAGGCCACCACCCUCUGAGCCUGAUAUUAAUAGCACCGUACAUCAUGAAGAGAACCGAACUAUUGCUCACAGUCCUCGGCUUCGGGAGAUGCAUGAAUUAAAUCUUCAGGAACCAAAAUCUUCUGGUCUCCCUUCGCCAGAACCACCACCUUGUAAUUCAGUUUCUUUGACUUCUUCCCGGGCUCUUGGCAGGAGCAGGGUUCGCCACAGAUAUCCCCAUAAUCAGCGCUCUCCAGGACCUCGACCCCUUCCGUCAGCAGGUAGCCCUGUUACCCAUGAAAUUGUGACUGUUGGGGAUCCUUUGCUUUCUUCUGGAUUUCGUAGCAUAGGCUCAUGUAGGCAUAGUGUCUCUUCAGUACCACAACUUCAGAAGUCACGCUUGAUUUCUCUCUCUCAAACUGACACUACAAAGACGAAACUACCCAUUGCAGAUACUAUUACAGACCACAAAUCUAACAAUAUGGAGUCAGGCGGAGCAUCUUCGGCUUCUCUUCAGAGCAGUUACUCACCAAUUGAUGGCCAUGGAAUUUCAAUGGAAAAGGGGGACAAACAAUUGGAAACACGGAAACCUAGCUCCUCAGUCUUGAAUGUAAAGGUCACAACUCCCAAAGUCGAAAAGGCAAAGUCAGCUGCUCACAGAAAUUGUGAUCCUGCUAUUAACCAAAGCCCUAAAACACAUCAACCACAAGAUGUAUCUACCCCCGAUUUUAGCACAGGCAGAUCCGGUACUGGUAAAGAUGCAGCAUCAUUUGUGUUAACUUCCAAAACGACUUCUGCUCCUCAGCAAAAUAGGGCAAUAAAAAGGGAAAAGGAUCAGCAUGUAAUAUUUUCUCUCACAGAGAAGACGGUUUUCCUUGAAGAAGUCAAAGAAACUCAUAUACCUGUUUCAGUGACCAAAGAAAAACUGCCAAAGUCAAAGAGUCUGGUAAAGGAUCAUACUCAAGAAAAAAUUUCGGGUAAAUCUGUUUCUGACUCUGAACACUCAUCAGGUGAGAGCCAAAUUCAAGCAGAUACUAAUGGGAAACAUUCAGCGUCGGAGGCUGUGGGUUUAAAAGGGCGUUCACACAACAAAACAGAGACCACUGUGCACAGUGCAGUGGCUUCACAGUCAGAGUCAUCAAGUGGUGACUACUCAAGUUCUAGAAAUUUAGACCAACAAGCAUUGUCUCCUGGCAGAAUUACAGAGCUUCCAGAUGCUGUGAAGUCCCAAAAUAGCCCUGAAGGCACUGGAGAACUAGGUACAAACCAUACUAGCUCCAACAUGGACUCUGAGAAUCAGGAUGGCACUGCUUACCCACAGGACUCAAACAUACUUCUCCAAGAUGGAACUAAAACCCAAGAAGGCAGCUCAUAUAAAAGGCGCUAUCCAAGGAGGAGUGCAAGAGCCCGCUCUAACAUGUUCUUUGGAUUAACACCCUUGUAUGGUGUACGUUCUUAUGGCGAGGAAGACCUUCCAUUUAGCAGCAGCACUCCAGGAAAGAAGCGUGGAAAAAGAUCAGCUGAAGGUCAAGUGGAUGGUGCUGAUGACUUGAGUUCAUCUGAAGAAGAUGAUCCUUAUUACUUUAACUUUUCUAGGACUGUAGUUUCUGCAUCUGGGGAUGAAAGACUAGCAGUGCGUUCCCUAUUCAGAGAUGAAGGAGACCGUCAUAGAAUAGCCCAACUUGAUGGUGUUGAUGAUGGGACAGAAAGCGAUGCCAGCAUCAAUACCACCACAGGAAAGUCUAGCCACUCUGGGAAAAGGGCAAAUAAACAAAAUGGAGCAGAAAAGCUGGCUGCGUCAGAAGAACAGUUGGGAAAAGUUCAUGCUGGUAAAGGCAGCAAGGCUUCUGACACCAAAAUGGACAGUUGUAAUACUGUAAAGCAAGAUGCACUAGAGCCACAGAUGAGCUUGGAAGCUUCACGACGAAGUCAUGGAGCCGACAAAAAUAUCUUGGACACAUUUAAUUCAGAGCUGCUGAAAUCUGAUUCUGACAAUAACAAUAGCGAUGACUGUGGAAAUAUUCUUCCUAUUGACAUUAUGGAUUUUGUGCUGAAGAAUACUCCAUCCAUGCAAGCACUAGGAGAAAGCCCAGAGUCCUCUUCCUCUGAAUUACUAACACUGGGAGAUGGUUUAGGAUUAGAUAACAACCGUGGAAAAGAUAUGGGCUUGUUUGAGGUAUUCACACAGCAGCUUCCAUCGUCCGAGCCAGUAGAUGGUGCUGUGACAUCAGAGGAGCAAUUUGAACUACCACUAGAGCUGCCUUCUGACCUUUCUGUGCUCACUACUCGUAGCCCAGCUCUUCCUAGCCAGAACCAUAACAGAUUAGGUGUAAUUCCAGAAUCCCAGUUGUCCCCAAAUGAACGUUCCUUAAUGUCCAUGCCACCAUCAGAAACGAGCAGGAAGAGGGUGACUGUUACAGAAAAGCCUGUGGCACCUGGUGAGGGAGAUUCAUCCCUAUUAUCGCAGAGUGUAGACAGGACAGCAGAGGGUCACAUAUCUGCAGAUAGAUACAUGGCAGGGCAUAUGGAACCAGAACAUAUUUCCAGCCCACCAUGUGCACAGGUAGAUCAUUCAGGAAAUCAGGAACUAAGACGAAAUAGUGGUACCCCAAAUUUGCAAGUUCCAGUGUCGCCCACUGUGCCAGUUCAAAGCCAAAAAUACAUCCCAAACAAAUCAGAAAGCCCAGGCACAUCUCAGAUGUCGACUAGUGCUGUACAGAGCACUUCGGCUCACCUUAAAUCCACCGCAGAAAAGUUAGUAGUUGUUAAUCAGAAUAUGCAACCUCUGUAUGUCUUACAGCCUCUGACUGGUACUGUUACACAAAAAAUUCAGCUUACGUCGUCUGUACCUUCUGGCUCGAGUUGCCUUGAUGGGGAUGUACCAGUGUUAAGUUCUGUGGGAGGGGGACUAACUUUAGCCACUAAUCUGAGCCCUUCAUUAACCUCAACGUUUCCACCUGUAAGCAAGGGUCUUCUCCCAGUGCCUCACCACCCACACUUGCAAUCAUUUCCUGCUGCUCCACAAACUACAUUCUUGCCUAGUCUCACUAAUCAGCCUCCAGGUCUUCUUAUUGGCGUUCAACCCUCAUCUGACCCCCAACUUCUAGUUUCAGAAUCCAGUCAGAGAGCAGAAAUGAGCCGUUCUUCGAAUGCUCCAUCUGCUGGUACGAACAAGAAAAGACAGAUUUCUCGCUUACAGUCUAAGAAAAACAAAAAGUUGGCACCUUCUGUUAGCCCAGGAUUGAGGCAUGCUCCUGAAGUGAUUUCUAACAUGACACUUAUUAACUUCUCUGCUCCGCAACUUGCUGGUAGUUUACCCACGCACCCUAAUUUGAUUGACCUCGGCAGCCUCGGAAAUACGGGACCUCAUCGCAAUAUACCUAAUAUUAUUAAACGAUCCAAGUCUGGAGUUAUGUACUUUGAUCAGACUCCACUGCUUCCACAAAGUGGGGUAACGUCAAACUCUGGCGAAACUGUGCCUGGUAUUAUUGGAUUGGAUCCUGGGCAGCUUACAAGUAAAAUGCCUGCAAUUGCUACUGGCUCGCCAGUUCUAAAUGUUGUGUCUAUGCAGACUACUGCCACAGCUUCUCCAGUCACUGGUCAUGUUACUCUAACUAGUUCUGGCAUUUUGAGUCCUUCAGAAAUUGGACCAGUCAGUAACUUUUUAAUCAAGACAAAUCCACAGAGUUUGGGUAUUCAGGACAAUCAUGUGACUCUGCCUCCAGGCUCUGGGAUUUUCUCCCAGGGGCCAACUGCAGGGGCUAUGGCAACUACCUCUAGCAUAUGUGUAGUGCCCACAUCUCAUCCUGUGGCUAUGACACUGGCCCAAACGGUGAAUGAUUCUGACUGCCUAUUUCCAGUUGCUCAUAACAUGAACAGACUUAUUAGGACUCCGAUUCUUCCCGAUCCCGCUGGUAGUUCAGAUCACAGGUCCUCUUCUGUGCAGCCACCGCCUGACUCAGAAGGAAGAAUAAUCACAAAAAACACCACUUCAGCAGCUACUAGCAUGCUUAGAACAGCUGCAACUAUCCAGAAGACAAAAAGCAAGGGGAAAAGGCAGACCACAGGUGUGGACAAGAUAAAUAAGAAAAAACUCAAGACUUCACAUUCCAGACAGAGCCCAGCUACAGUAAAGGAUGAGAACCAAGGUGGCAAACAGUCUGCUUCGUUCUCCUCAGGAAAGAGCACAUCUAAAACGGAUGGCUGUAAUGUAAAGACAGGAUCUUCACAAGUGACUGUGACCGAGAAGAUAGUAGGGCAAUCAGCAACUGUAGUAGACCAAGAGCUGCCAGCAAAGGAGAAGAGUUGGGCUGAAACAAAACCAGACGAUAAACAACCUGAAGAUGAUGCUGAGUUUAGUUCUCCUCUGAUGCGGUUGCUGCAGCAGGAACAUAGGCAACAGGACACUAUGCAGGAGACUAAGCCUAGAACUGGCCUUCUUUUUGAGAUCUCAAGUGAUGAUGGUUUUCAAAUUUCUUCCAGUAGCAUUGAAGAGGCCUGGAAAUCCCUCACUGAUAAAGUACAGGAAGCUCGAUCCAACGCAAGGCUAAAGCAGCUAUCUUUUGCAGGUGUGAAUGCACUGAAGAUGCUUGGAAUUAUACAUGAUGCUGUCGUGUUCCUGGUGGAACAGCUCUAUGGUGCCAACAAGUGUCGCAGGUAUAAGUUCCGAUUCCACCAUCCAGCUGGAGAAGAGGAGCCACCUCUGAACCCUAAUGGUUCAGCAAGAGCUGAGGUGUACCAUAGGAAAUCGGCUUUUGACAUGUUUAACUUCUUGGCUUCAAAACAUCGGCAAACUCCAGAAUAUAAACCAAAUGAAGAGGAUGAGGAAGAGGUGCAGCUGAAAUCUGUUAGGAGGGCCACCAGUAUGGACCUGCCUAUGCCAAUGAGAUUCCGUCAUCUUAAAAAGACAUCCAAAGAGGCAGUAGGUGUCUACAGAUCUCCAAUACACGGUCGGGGUCUUUUCUGCAAGAGGACAAUUGAUGCCGGGGAGAUGGUAAUAGAGUACUCAGGAAAUGUUAUCCGUUCAACUUUGACUGACAAAAGAGAAAAGUAUUAUGAUGGAAAGGGAAUCGGUUGCUACAUGUUCCGUAUAGAUGACUCUGAGGUUGUUGAUGCCACUAUGCAUGGCAAUGCUGCUCGCUUCAUCAACCACUCUUGUGAGCCCAACUGUUACUCCCGUGUCAUUCCCAUCGAUGGAAAGAAACACAUAGUUAUAUUUGCAAUGCGAAAAAUAUAUCGUGGUGAGGAGCUCACAUAUGACUACAAGUUCCCUAUUGAAGACGCUAGCAACAAACUAGCUUGCAACUGUGGAACCAAGAAGUGCCGCAAGUUUCUUAACUAGAGACCUUCCUACAUGUACAAAAAAAGGUGGAAAUUGAGCACCCUCGAGAUUUACAGGACCAUUUCUCAAUGCCAAACCCACCACCUUAGUCCUCCUUCAUUGCUUCAUUUCACUCCCAAGUGGUUAAGGUUGCAAGACACUUUAGGUCUAUCACCAGUAAUAACAAUACAUUGCUGUAUAAUAGUGUCCAUACGCAACACCCGGAGUUUCAGUAAGGACCGUCUUAGUCCACUAUACAGUAAAGAUUUGUGUUUGUGUACUGCUUUGCUACCACCUAGCAGUAAAUACCUUAUGGUUAGUAGUUUUUUGAUCUUAUAUUGCUAGUAUCCAACAUUGCAUGGCACUGUUACAAAAAAAAAAAAAAAACUACAAAAAUGAAAACAUUCUGAUAGACUGCUGCCUUAUAUAGAAAGUAUUGCAGAGGUUAUGAGAGCUGCACUUCAGCGAACAAGUCUAUCAUGUCUUUUCUUACCCAUCUUGUCCUGAGAGAUUUACAUCUGGUGAGUCUAUGCAGGUUUCCCUCUGCCUCCAGCAAGGGAGUUAUUACCGCACAAACACAGAGAAGCGAACGCAGGCAAUCUGCCAUUUGGCAGUAACACUCCUCAACGUUCUAGGUUCAGGUAAAUGGAGCGGGCAGCGGUGCCGGAAAGGGUUGUUCACCUUAACUGUUCAGGCACUAUAAUAUUUUUUGGGGCAUUAGCUAGCAGUGACUUUUAUUAUCUUCGCUUCCAUAUUUGUAUACAAUGAAACCAAUAAUGUUAUGGUCCUACUAAGAAAUAUACUGAAUGUUUUAAUGUAGAAGCCAAACUACAGAAUCAAUGGAGGGACAACACUCCUUGAGUUACCAUGUCUUGACAAAGUUUAAGUGUGGCACUUGUCAUUUCUUUUUUUUUUUUGUUUUUUACCUGCCAUUUUAGGUUUUGUACAGAAGAGGAAGACAUUUGAAUAGUAUUAGUAAUUAGGAAUAAAGCAGGAAUAGUGUGGGUCUCCUGUCUUGCAGGAAAACGUAUAUUUAUUGUAAAUUGUAAAACCAUGCUUUGAAGAAAAAAUAUUGUACUCUUUUAAAAAGAGCUUUUAUAUUUGCAAGAAUGGGGUUGAGCUCAAGACACUAAGUGGGGCUGAAGAGCUCCCGGUCACCACCACAUUUCAAAGCAUCCCCCAAAUCUUUCAUCAUUUUAUUUGCACCGAGUUGCCCUUUAUAUAGAUUAGCAAUCCUUCAUCUCCCAUGUUCUGUUUACAUCUUCUCAUCUUUGUAUUUAAGAUUUUGUUUAACUAAAUGUAAAUAUUCUCUAUUUUUCUAAUGGAAGCACUUAAAUGAUAGCUAUGGAAGCACUUAAAGCAUGAGAAUGAUAAGAAUUACGUGUAUCAGGUUUUUUUUGUUCGUUUUCUUCUCUUUUUUUUGAAAAUUGCUUAUUUUUUUAUCAUAAACUGCUGAACAUGUAAACAUCAUAGUUCGCUUUGAGAAUUUUCUUCUUUUGUAUAUUUUCUUUGUCGAUACGUUGAGGAAACUGCAGGGUGUGUCUAUGCUGUAGGAAUUAUUUAUUGUUUUAAUGUAUGUUUUAUUUUCUCCAGAUAACAAUCUCAAGGUUUCGGCAUCCUCAUGCUGAAUUAAAAUGACAGCAUCUUUUCUUUAAAGAAAAUAAGGAGAGGGGUUUACAUUUAUAAAUUUACUCUCAGGUAGAAGUUGUUAUUUUAGAUUACAUAGAUGUGACUACUUGGUUGAUGGAUACACAAUUGAGAUUCUUUUAGACAACCAACCCUAAAUAGAGUGUUGCAUUUGAAGCAGAUCAUUGCUAGAGCUCAUAUUUUCCGAGUUCAUUCUUGUUCUGGUAGAGGCUCCUUGCAUUACAGCGUAUACUACCAGAGUAGAAUAAAAUACGGAUUUGUGUUGGA